GUCGAGUAACGCUUGUUUUUUUAACGAUAAUAAUAUAAUCAAUAUUGUUUAUUAUGGCUCUUCGUUGGGGUAUAGUGACAGCCGGAAAAAUCAGCCAUGAUUUCGUGAAUGCUUUGCAUACUUAUCCCAACGUAGGGGACCAAGUGGUUUCUGCAAUAGCAGCCCGCGAUAAGGGGAGAGCUGCAGAGUUCGCCAAACUGCACAACAUUCCAAAAGUGUUUGAUAGCUACGAAGCGUUGGCUGUCAGUAAGGAUAUUGAUGUUGUAUACAUCGGUGCACUCAAUCCCUCCCACUAUGAACUUACUAAAAUAUUCCUUGAAAACGGGAAACAUGUUUUGUGCGAAAAACCAUUAUGCCUUAAUUUAAAACAAACACAAAGCUUGAUCAAUCUUGCCCGGGCGAAGAAUCUUUUCCUAAUGGAGGCGGUGUGGUCCCGAUUCUCGCCAGCCUACAUAUCCCUGGAGGAAGACAUAGCAGCCGGUAAAUUGGGUGAUAUAGAAUAUGUUGAAGUUAAUUUCGGUGUUCCAAUUUUGAAUGUUGAUAGGCUCAAACAAAAAGAACUUGGGGGCAGUGCUUUGAUGGAUAUUGGAAUUUAUGUUUUACAAUUCGCCCAAUACAUAUUUAAAGACGCUCCAACAAAAGUCACGGCUGUAGGAGAGGAGUUGAAUGAGUUUGGAGUGGAUUUGGUCAGUACUAUUGUCCUCGAAUAUACGGGGGGCAGACGCGCCGUACUCAACAUAAACGCAAAGAGGAAACUAUGGAAUAAAGCUACUGUGUAUGGUACAAAAGGCCGUGCAACCUUGGAGGAACCAUUCCACUUUCCUACAAAUUUAGUCCGUGUAGACGGAAAGAUAUCUAAUUUCCCUUUGACGAAGUCGCCUAUCCCUUAUUAUUUUGAGAACAGCCAAGGAUUAGUUUUUGAAGCUAUUGAAGUCGCAAGAUGUAUUAAAAAUGGUCUUAUUGAAUCACCAAGGAUGUCACAUAAUGAGAGUCUUGUACUGGCUAAACUAGAGGAUACUAUCCGAGCACAACUUGGAGUACAUUACGAUGUUGAUGAUCAAGAGUUUCCUUAAUUUAUAUACCAUAUAUUGUUUAUAUACCAUAGAUAAGAGAAUGGUACUACCACACACUUCUAAAUAACCGUAAUGAUUUUUUUUCAGACGUAUGUACGAAGGUACAUACGUAUUUUUAAAUGAACUAAUAUUUAACAUAGUUAUUACAUUCAUAUUUAUUAUCUUUAAUUACUAUAUACAGAUAUAGUAAUUAA